UCCAGGAGCUGCGCCCGCCCGCGGAGGGGGGUCGGCUCGGGUCGGCUCCUGCGUGCGGAUCUGCACGCACCCGCGCUCGCCGCUUAAAAGGGCAACGCGGAGGGCGGGACCGCGCCGUGGACCUGCCGGGGCCGCCGCCGUUGCCCCUUGAAGGGCCGGGCCGGGCCGGGGUGGGGUGCUUACACGGGCGGGAGCACGCGGCGCGGGCAGGUCGGGGCUGCCGGGGCGUGCAGACGGGCCCAUGGCCGGCGCGGACGACGAUGAGGCGCUGCUCGGCUCCUGGGUGCAGCUGCGCGGGCCGGGGCGCGGGGAUGCGGAGCCGCCGCCCGCCCGCGCCUGCCCGCACCGCCACGACGUGGAGCAGCUGCUGCUGGAGGCGCAGCUGGAGCCGGGCUGGGGCGGCCCCGCGGCCGACAGCCCCGCGCCCCUCCCGCCGCCGCCGCCCCGGGACGACGCGGACGCGCAGGGGGACAGGCCGGAGGUGUCCGCACUGCUGGGCCAGGAGCGAUGGCUGCCAGUGACGAGGACGCGGGUCCAGGCCUGUGCCAGCCGCCCCAUGCACCUGUCUGCGAGGACGCUGGCGCUGGCGCGGCCGAGCCUGCACGGGGGAGCUGCGGGCAGCAAGCGGCGACUCUUCGGCUCGGAGCUGCUGCUGCUCUUCGUCCCCUCGCUGCUGCUCAGCCACCUGCUCACGCUGGGGCUCGGGAUCUGCAUCGGGAAGCGGCUGGCAGCUGCCUCGGCAAGUCCUCUGUGAGGAGGCACCAGCGCCAUGAGACAGACACCGCCGGGACCAGCCCUGUGCUCCUGCCCCGUGCAGGGGUGCCGCGGGGCCCCCCAUCCCGUGUUGUAGACUUGACCCCGUCGUCAGCCAAUAAACGUCCCAUGCCGGC